AAUGUGAAUGUCAGUGUCACUGUAAUCUUGUGCGGUUUUAAAACUUGUCUUAACUUGUUUAUUUUUGCUAUUUGGGAAAUUACAAUUACUGCAAAUUUUCUUUUAAAACACAAUAAUAAGUUAGCACUGAAAAUCAUAAACUGUAAAACGUAAGUAAACAAUACAGAUUGUUGAUUUAAAUAAAAUUCGUUAAGAUGAACAGCGAUGAGGAAAAUGAGAACUUGCCUGAAUGGAAAGGCAUUCCCGCCACUAUUAUAUGUAUCAACAGCUAUGGCCCUAGUGCUCUAAACACUGCACAAGUUGCACACACGGCUACCUGUAGAAUGAUGCGCCAGUAUUUAAGAAUAUCCAGCUCCCAACUCAUUGGAGUUUGUUUAUAUGGUACCGAAGGAUCAAACACUUCAGUUUUUGGAAUAAAAAGUGUUGAAGAAAUUUUUCCACUCUCAUCGCCAACGUUAAAAGAUUAUAAGAAACUCCAAAACAUUGAAAUUUCGUCAUUGAAACAAGCAAAAGAGUUAUCACUAUCAGAUGUCCUAUGGUACUGCAAGAAAGCAUUUGCUAGUUGCAAAAAACAGCUCUCCACCCGGACUAUUAUUAUGUUAUCCCGGUUUGAUUUACCUCCAUUACAAUCUGAUGAAAAACCAGCACUCAAAAGAGUUGUAGAUUUGGUUGAUUCAAAUAUUGGAAUAAGACUCAUCAAUGUUGCUGAAACUGAUUAUGAAGUACACCCAUUCUAUGCAAUCUUUUUAAAUGAAGCAAAUAAGGGAGAAGACGUAGCUUUACCCAAAGCAAUUUGGGAUCCCAAGGAAGUGGAACACAUUAUGUAUCAACAGGCACAUCGCAAUUUACCAGUAUCCAGACUGAGUUUUGAAAUAGGUGAUGGGUUCGCAAUUGGAGUGGGAGUAUACAGUCUUUUGAAGGAUUAUGGACAAACAACACAGAAAUCUUCUGAUUUAGAAAGAGACACUAAUGCAGUUCUUACCAGUGUAAAUAAAACAAUGAAAGUUAAAAUUGAUAAUGAUGAAAAUAUGGAUGUUGAUGAGGCAGAACAAGAGUCAAGACCUGUCCCAUUACUGAAGUCAGAGCAACUUCACUAUGUCAAUCUGGGUGACGAAAAUAUUGAGUUCACAGAAGAGGAAAAGAUGACACUCAAAAAUCCAUUUGGGCCUCCAAUGCUAAAACUUCUUGGAUUUAAACCUGCUAGUGUCAUAUGUAAAGAAAAAUGGUUUUACAAAACAGGCUAUUUUUUAUUUCCCAGUGAAAGUACAAUAGAAGGUUCUUUUGUAGCAUUCAAGGCUUUUCAUCAAGCUUGUGCAGAGACAAAUAAAGUUGCAAUAUGUGUUUUGUGCACCAGAAAAAAUGCUAAGCAUAAUAUUGUAGCUCUUUCUCCAACUUCUCAUCCCCUUGGUCUAAAUGUUGAUAUAGGAUUUGAUGUUAUUCGUAUACCUUUUGUAGAAAAUGUACGAAAUAUUCCAGUUUUUGAAGAAGAUGAACAAGAACCAAUUUGUCCAACAAAUAAAAAUGUAAUGAUGGACAUUUUGAAUGAUUUAAAGUUUGAUUAUAGUCCUGGUAUGUUUGAAAAUCCUAAACUACAAUCACAGUACAAAGCCAUUGAAGUAAAAGCCCUGGAGGAAGAAGAAGACAAUGAGCCCUUCAUAGACACAACUAAACCUGAUAUAAAGAGGUUUCAGGGUUUGCAAUAUGAUUUAUUUUACGAAUUGUUUGGCCCUUUCUCAGCUAAAGCUAUAAAGAAAGCUACAUCAUCAAGAGAUGGUGGACCUGAAAGAAAGAAGACAAAACUCACAGAUGGCCUGAUUGAUGAAGAAUUACUCCAAGAGAGACUUGAUAAUCAGAGAGUUAAGGAUUAUACAGUCUCACAAUUGAAAGAUAUCUUGAAAAGUAAAGACAUUCCUGGCUUACCUGCUUUGACAGGUUUGAAAAAGGAUGAGCUUGUUAAGUUGGUUUACAGAUAUUACAAUUAGUUUAAGAUUUGUAUGUCUUUUUUUUUGUAAUAAAAAUUAUUUUAAAGCAA